UAGUCCUCGUUACGCAGUCUUACUCAGCCUAUACUGAACCUUUCGUGUGCGCCAAAUAUGAGUUAUGGGUCGAGACGCCCGCGUUGGGCCAACAACAACUACUCGGACCACUCGCCAGCAAUGUCCACCGCCACUUCCUCGGCGCCGGACGAAAGUCAUGACAGCAAAUCAGAAGGCCUCUAUGCCUUCAGCAAGCUCCCUCACAAGCUCUGGAUACUUUCAUUGGGAUUAUGCAGAGGCACAUGGCGUUACAUGACCGGAUGGGCAGCGACGGGCAUGCUGGGCCCCACGUUCGGAAUAGCCGCUGCAACAUCCCUCAUAAUGUAAGCUGUAAUCUCGAGCUGCCAGUAACUGGCCGUAGACUUACUUUAAGCAGAAUUCUGCUCUAUUUUCUGGUUUUUGUCUGCAAGCCUCUCUCCGCCAGGGCGGUCUUGCCUCACGAUUUCAUCUCGAAUAAUGAAAUCACAACUGAUGGCAAGCCAAUUGAUGGCAUCUCUCGCUGGCUGGCUGACUUCACCCGCUCAGUGGUACCUCGAAAUUGCCAUUCCCACAACGAUUACUGGCGACCAUACCCGUUAUUUUCGGCACUUGCGGCAGGUUGUAUGAGUGUGGAGGCCGAUAUUUGGCUUAGUGACAACGGUCUUGAUCUACUGGUUGGCCAUGACCGUGGCUCUCUUUCGAGCGAGCGUACCCUCCAGAAGAUGUACCUAGAUCCGCUGCUGACAAUCCUCGAGCACCAAAACCGACAAGGGUCCUUCACGCCAUUCGAACAGGCCCGCGGUAUCUUCAACACCCGGCCGGAUAUGGCCCUUGUUCUCCUGAUUGACGUCAAAACAAACCCCACAGAUACCUGGCCGCUUUUGGUAAAGCAGCUUGACCCGCUUCGAAAAAGACAGUUUCUCACACGUUUUGAACAAAUGGAAACGUCGCCAGGAGUUGUUACCAAGCAAGGCAUCUGGCCAGGCCCUAUCACAGUCGUUGGGACGGGCCUUCUGGAUCGAGCCACCUUUUUCGACCACAAUCAUCGAAGCUACGCCGAUUACGAAACCUAUCACGACACAUUCAUAGAUGCGCCGUUGAGCACUUUGGCACAGGAUAAUAACUUCUGGCGGCUUCCUGACCCACUAUCGGCCCCCCUUAGCCAGCUGGCAAGCAACUCGGGCCAGUUAUGGUCCGCAGAUGAUGCAUAUUAUGCUUCGGCUUCUUUUAAGACGACAAUUGGAUCGGUUCGGACCGGCUUCACCGAGGAACAACGGAACAAAGUGAGAGCCCACGUUCAAGUAGCGAGGCAAAGUGGGCUCAGGUCCAGGUACUGGGAUAUCCCUGACUGGCCUAUCGGAUACAGGGAUUACAUCUGGAAGAUUUUGAUUGAGGAGAACGUUGACAUGCUUAACGUGGAUGAUCUAGAGAGUGCUGCUCGUUGGGGUUGGACGCAAGGUUAUCUAAGAGACGUGCUUUGGAUGUCGCUAGUGUCAACAUACCUACUUAGCUGCACUGUUUUUGUCUUGUUUUUAUUUAGACGCCUGUUAAAGAGACAGUGUAGAUGCUAGUGCAGGUACUAGUUGAAUUACUGCGAUCGAUAUUAUUGCA